AUGGGUAAUAUAGUAUCGGUCCUCACUUCCCUCCCAAGAGUUAUUGUCGGCCUCGUAGAGGGGCUCAUAUCCGACUCAAGGUUAGGAAAUAUUGUCCCCAACCCGGUCAUGGAAGAGCUAGAGCAGCGAAUUCGAGAUGAACAGAGACGCGCAGAAGAGGCUGAGGCCGCUCGUCGAAGGGCGGAAUACGAGAGGACACAGGCAGAGGAGGAAAGGCGACAAGCUGAGGAGAAUGCAAGAAGGGUGGAGGACGACAGGAUGGCAGCGGAGAAGGCGAGGGAGAAGGCGGAGGACGACGCGAAGAGAGCCAACGAGGAGAGGAGGAGGGCGGAAGAAGAGAAACAUCAAGCAGAAGAGGACAGACGAGUGGCGGAAGAGGCCAGAAACUUCGCGGAAGAGGUGCGAAAGAAAGCAGAAGAGGAUUCCGCCAAAAUGAAUGAAGACAAGAUUCGUGCGAACGAGGAGGCAGCCAACGCCCGCUUCAUGCAAGAAAAGGCAGAGUUGGAGAGGCAGGCGGCAGAUCGGCAGGCGGCAGAGGCGAGAGCAGCGUUCGAGGAGGUUCAGAGGAAGUUGCGUGAAGGAAUCAAACCCAUCAUUAUUCCGACCAAGGAACAAUUCGAGGCAGCGAAGAAGCGUCUUAAAUAUCAAGAGGGCAUCUUCCACUUCGCGAUCGCAGGCAACUCCGGCGGCGGAAAGUCAUCGUUAAUCAAUGCGUUUCGCGGGUUGCGCAACAACUCGAAGAGCCCAAGCCUUGCACUCGUGGGGGUAACGGAGACGACGAGCAAAGUCACUCGCUAUGCCGAUCCCAAUAACGCCAACCCCUUCGUCUGGUAUGACGUGCCUGGAGCGGGCACCUUGGAUAUCCCCGACUAUGAGUAUUUCAAUGAUCAGGGUCUGUACAUCUUCGACUGCAUCAUUGUCCUUUUCGACAGCCGCUUCAUGGCAACAGACAUCGCGAUCCUCAGAAAUUGCGCGCGAUUCAACAUCCCUGCGUACAUCGUGCGCUCCAAAUCGACACAGCACAUACGCAAUUUGGAGAGCGAUCUUAGCCGCGAGGUUGACGAGACCGAGGACUCAGUCUACCGAAGGGCACGCACGAUGUACAUCCAGGAAACAUAUGCAAGCGUCGCGAGGAAACCUGGAGGCCGCUCACCUGACACCGCAGAAAAUGUAUCUAGUCGACAAGGAAGUCUUGGUGAACAUAAUUCUAGGGCUAGGCGCUCCGCAGCGGCGGGGACUGAGGUCUAG